AUGACGAGAACAGCGACCAAGGCAGCGAGCAAAGCAGCGACCGAUUCAGUCGUCCGACACAAACCCGAAGAUAUGAGUGGAGUUGCGAUCGCCGGAAUGAUAGGCCUAGGCAUCGGCGCCCUUUUUCUUCUUCUCAGCGUCGGUGCUGUUGUAUGGGCUAAUCGCGAUGAUAGCAGGCGGGCGAGAGAAGCGGCGGAGGCCCGUUCCGCAAUUCGACUAAAACGUAUUGAACCAGUUGCACCAGCUGACAAUGCUCAACAAGGACAAGACGAGACUAUUGCUUAA